AUGUACCUGCCACUUCUUAUCUUGGCACUUUUGCUGGCCGUACUGUGGGUCCGCAGGCGGUUCUCCUACUGGAAGGAUCUCGGCGUGCCCUACGUUCAACCAACGUUCCCUCAUGGAAACCUUCGCGAAAUUGGUAAGACGCAGCAUAUGUCACACUUAACCCGCAGCGUGUACCAUGAGCUGAAGGGAAAAACAAAAGGCCUUGGAUUCGCUGGCCUGUACUUCUUCAUCAAUCCCGUCACGAUGGUCAUCGAUCUGGAGCUGGUGAAGAAUGUGUUGGUGAAAGAUUUCUCCUACUUCCACGAUCGGGCUGUGUACCACAACGGGAAGGACGAUCCCCUGUCCGAGCACCUGUUCGCGAUGGAGGGUACCAAGUGGCGCAAUCUGCGUUCCAAGCUUACGCCCACCUUUACUUCCGGCAAGAUGAAGAUGAUGUUUCCCACGAUCCUCGCGGUGGCCGAUGAGUUCCGGUCUUGCCUAGCAUCCACGAUUCACGAUCGUGCGGGUGAGGUGGAGAUGAAGGAAUUACUAGCCAGGUUCACCACGGACGUGAUAGGAAACUGUGCGUUUGGCCUGGAGUGUAACAGCUUGAAGGAUCCUCAGGCCGAGUUUCGGCGCAUGGGCAAAAAAGUAUUCCAACACUCACGGCUGAGCAUCAUAAAACGGUUUGCCUCGAGUCAGUUUAGAGAUCUAUCCCGCCGGCUGGGAGUAACAAACACGGCCAAAGAUGUAGCUACAUUUUUCUUGAGCGCCGUGAAGGAUACGGUGCAGUUUCGCAUGAAGAAUAAUGUGCAACGAAACGACUUCAUGAGUCUGCUGAUGGAGCUCAUGAAGGAGGGUAAAGGAACGGAUAAACUAUCCAUGGAAGAAGCUUCCGCACAGGCGUUCGUAUUCUUCCUGGCCGGGUUUGAAACGUCCUCCACGGCAAUGUCGUUCUGUCUUUACGAGCUGGCGCUUGCGCAGGAUUUGCAGCAAAAAGCGAGAGACUGUGUCCGAGCGGCUCUGGCGCGUCACGGUGCCAUGACCUACGAGGCGUUGCUGGAGAUGAAAUACAUCGAAAUGUGCAUUAAUGAAUCUCUAAGGAAGUACUCGCCAGCAGCGAUUCUGUUGAGAAUCGCCACGCAAAACUACCCAGUGCCCGGCACGAAACACACCAUUCCAAAGGGGCAAACUGUGAUCAUACCGGUGCAUGCGAUCCACCACGAUCCCGCGUACUACCCCAACCCGGACCGGUACGAUCCGGAGCGGUUCAGCGAGGAGGCAAAAGCGAAACGAAACCCGUACGCCUUCCUGCCGUUCGGCGAAGGACCACGGAACUGUAUCGGGCUGCGGUUUGGCAUGAUGCAGGCUCGAAUCGGUAUGGCAAUGCUGCUGCACAACUUCCGCUUCACGUUGUCCCCUAGCAUGUCCUAUCCGGUCAAAGUGUCUACAACGAGCACGGUGUUCUCGAUCGAGGGUGGCCUGUUUCUGAAGAUGGAAAAGAUAUAA